AUGUCGAGGGCGCAGUUCGAAAAAAUGAACAAAAAAGCAAUAAGCGGCUCAGUGGCUUCGCCGCUCCAGAGAGGAGCCACGGCUCCUCUCGGGAUGCGGGAUGCCAACGACCCCGUCAGUGCACUAACACUUCGCGCAUGCGCAUUGCCGACCACGGGUCGUUCCCGAGUCCCGCCACUAGAUGGCCUCAUAGCUCAGUUAAUGAGGGCACAGAGUGUAAGGGACACGUUGGGGGCUUCCACUACUCUCUCUUAUCAGAGAGAGAGGUGGACAGCUAUCACAAAUUCAGCCUGGGUACUGAGAACAAUAUCUCGGGGCUACAGGCUUCAAUUUGCUGUUACCCCCCCUCGCUUCUCGGGCAUACUCUGUACACAGGCCGGGGGGGGGUCAGCUCGCGUUCUACAGGAGGAAAUUAUCUCGCUGUUAGAAAGGAGAGCGAUAUGUGUAGUGCCCCCCGAGCUGAGUCGGAGCGGCUUUUACUCCAGGUAUUUUCUGGUCCCAAAACGGGGAGGGAACGGAAUUCGCCCUAUCCUGGACCUGCGGGCUCUGAACAAAUACCUCCGAAAAUACAAAUUCAGGAUGCUCACUCAUGCGUCACUGCUCCGUCUGGUGCGCCGGGGCGACUGGUUCACAUCUGUCGAUCUGAAAGACGCGUAUUUCCAUAUUGCGAUCUAUCCUCCGCACAGGAAAUAUCUGAGGUUCGCUUUUCAGGGUGUCUGUUACGAGUACAGAGUGCUUCCCUUCGGUCUGUCUCUGAGCCCGAGGGUGUUCGUGAGGUGUACCGAAGCAGCUGUAGCCCCGUUAAGGCGGCAGGGUCUCCGUCUGGCUACAUAUCUGGACGAUUGGCUCCUUUUGGCACAGUCAGAGCAGGAGUCUGUGACGCAAACGCGCAUCCUCAUCCACCAUCUGACCAAUCUGGGUUUUAUAAUAAACACAGAGAAGAGUGUGCUUUCCCCAGUGCAAAAUAUAAUAUUUCUGGGGCUAUCUCUGGACUCGGUGUCCUUCACAGCCCGCCUGUCGGCGGAGAGAGUGAAGGUUAUCAGGGCUUGUCUCGCGCAUUUUCGACUACGCGGGUCCGUUGCUUUCAGGAUAUGUCUGAGGUUACUGGGACUUAUGGCGGCGGCUAUUCUGGUGAUCCCACUGGGCCGCCUGUUUAUGAGGGAUUUCCAGCGUUGGGUUACCUCCCUCAGGCUGGAUCCUGUGCGUCAUGGCGCACGGAGGGUAACGGUUACUGUGGAGUGCGGAAUGGCGCUGCGCCGCUGGAGGCAUCCGGCUUUCUUGGUGCAGGGAGUAGCCUUGGGCACCGUCCUGGCUCGGAAGGUGGUCACCACGGACGCGAGCCUUUCGGGCUGGGGGGGAACUCAGGAGGGCCGUUUUGUGAGAGGCGUUUGGAGCGAGAGUCUCCGGCGCUGUCACAUAAAUUACCUCGAGCUCCUGGCGGUGUUUCUCGCCCUGAGGCGUUUCCUGCCGCUUCUCAACGGACACCAUGUUCUGGUGAGAACGGACAACACGACAACGGUAGCCUAUAUAAACCGUCAGGGGGGCUUGCGUUCCCGUCAGUUACACACGCUGGCACGCAGACUGAUACUGUGGAGCAGCAGGCACCUGCUGUCUCUGAGAGCGACACAUGUCCCCGGGGCUCUGAACCACGGUGCAGAUUUGCUGUCCAGGGGCGCGCCGCUGUACGGCAACUGGACUCUGCACCCAGCCAUUGUGGGGCAGGUGUGGACGCGCUUUGGCCGGGCCGAAGUGGACCUGUUUGCAUCGAAAGACAAUGCGCAGUGUCCGCUGUUUUUCUCAAUACGCGAUCCAGACGCGCCUCUCGGCGUGGACGCGCUCGCGCACGCGUGGCCGUCAGCUCUCCUCUACGCUUUCCCUCCUCUGGCUCUGAUACCCCCAACUCUAUCCAGGGUGAGAGAGCACCAGUGCAGGAUGAUUCUUAUAGCUCCACACUGGCCAGCGAUGCACUGGCUGGCGGAGAUUUAUCUGCUCCUUUGCGGACAGCCGUGGCAACUCCCACUACGCAGGGACAUGCUGUCCCAGGCGGGGGGGACAAUUUUUCACCCGCACCCAGAGCGUCUGGCGCUAUGGGCUUGGCCCGACUUGAUUGACAAACAUAAAGCCUUCUCCACCAUAAAGGUGUACCUGGCUGCCAUUGCAGCUUGUCAUGUGGGGUUUGAUGGUAAAACAGCUGGCCAACAUCCUUUGGUUUGCCGUUUUAUGAAGGGUGCACGACGGCUGCUCCCUGUUUCCAAGCCGUUGACUCCCCCAUGGGACCUGGCGGUGGUGUUGGAUGGGCUUGCUAGCCCUCCUUUUGAACCAUUGGGGGAGGUUGACCUGAAGCAUCUGUCUUUGAAGACAGUGCUGCUGCUGGCCUUGGCGUCUGCAAAACGGGUUGGCGACAUUCAUGCGCUUUCUGUGCAUCCGUCAUGCACUCAGUUUGCCCCGGGGCGUGUCAGGGUGUUAUUGAAACCUAAUCCUGCCUUUGUGCCCAAGGUGGUUGGCUCAUGCUCUCCCAUUGACCUUUUGGCGCUCUGUUCCCCGCCUUUCUCUUCCUCAGAGGAACGGCGGUUGCACGCGCUGUGUCCAGUUCGUGCUCUGCACUUUUACAUGGACAGGACUGCAGGUUUUCGACGGAGUGACCAGCUAUUUGUGUCCUGGGCUAGCCCCCACAGGGGCAAGCCUGUGACAAAGCAACGGCUGUCUCAUUGGGUUGUGGAAUCCAUUGCUCUGGCCUGCGUGCUCACUCAACUCGCGGCCUUGCUGCCUCCUGGGCCUUAA